AUGACGCUCAGGAGGCGCUGGGCAUCCCUGUCUUGGAUGUGGUUACUCCUCACCGUGGGCCAGUCGCAAAGGGCGGACGAUGACAAGCCGAAUAUCGUCCUGAUAAUGGCCGACGAUUAUGGGAUCGGAGACCUGGGCUGCUAUGGAAACGACACCCUCAGGACCCCCAACAUCGACAGCUUAGCCAGAGAUGGUGUCCAGCUGACCCAGCACAUCGCCGCUGCCUCUGUGUGCACCCCAAGUCGGUCCGCUUUCCUCACGGGAAGGUACCCGAUCCGAUCAGGAAUGGUUUCCGAUGGAAACGACCGUAUCAUCAUCUCCCUGGCGGGCCUCUCCGGACUCCCGCGUAACGAGACCACGUUUGCACACUUGGCCAAGGAGCAAGGAUACAGCACGGCGAUCGUCGGGAAAUGGCAUCAGGGCUUAAACUGUCACUCCCGAAAUGACCACUGCCACCACCCGUCUCACUAUGGGUUCGAUGACUUCUACGGCAUGCCAUACACUCUGUACGACACGUGCUGGCCCGACCCUUCCCGCGACGCGGAACUCGCCAUCAGCGGCCGACUCUGGGUCUCUGUGCAGCUGGUCGCCCUGGCUGCGCUCACUCUCGCUCUGGGGAAACUGAGUGGCACGCUCUGCGUUCCCUGGGCCCUCGUCCUCUUCCUGGCUCUGCUCAUCCUUCUCCUGGGCCACUUCUGAUUAAACAGUUACCAGUCGAGCCUGUACUGGGAUUGCCUGCUCAUGAGGGGGCACGAAAUUACCGAGCAGCCCAUGAAGGCGGAAAGGGCCGGGUCCAUCCUGGUGAAGGAGGCCAUUUCGUUUUUAGAAAGGCACCGCGAAGGACCUUUCCUCCUCUUUUACUCGUUUCUUCACGUCCACACGCCUCUCCCCACGACCGACGACUUCAUUGGCACCAGCCGGCACGGCUUAUACGGGGAUAACGUGGAGGAGAUGGACUUCUAUGUGGGCAAACUCCUUGCUGCCAUUGAUGAUCUGGGGCUGAGGAAUCACACACUUGUCUAUUUCACGUCAGACCACGGGGGACAUUUGGAGGCCAGGCUCGGCCACGCCCAACUCGGUGGAUACAAUGGGAUAUUCAAAGGAGGGAAAGGCACGGCCGGCUGGGAAGGCGGGAUCCGGGUGCCCGGGCUUUUCCGAUGGCCCGGAAAAUUGCCCGCCGGAAACGUCAUUGAUGAACCUACCAGCCUGAUGGAUAUCUUGCCAACGGUAGCAGCGAUGACCGGAGGCAUCGUCCCUCAGGACAGGGUGAUUGACGGCCGAAACCUCCUGCCAUUGCUUCAGGGCGAGACCCAGCGUUCAGAGCACGAGUUCCUGUUUCACUACUGCAGUAGUUUCCUCCACGCCGCCCGUUGGCGCCCCAAGGACAGCGACGCCAUGUGGAAGGUUCACUACGUCACCCCCACCUUCCGGCCGCCGGGAGCCCAGGCCUGCUAUGACACCGGCCUGUGCCAAUGUAUCGGGGACGUCACCUACCACGACCCCCCCCUGCUGUUCGACCUCUCCCAGGACCCCUUGGAGUCCACCCCGCUGACCACGGACACGGAGCCGCUGUAUGCCCUGGUCAUCCAGACGGUGGCCGACGCUGUGAAGGAACACAGGAAGACCGUCGCCCCGGUCCAGCCCCAGCUGGGGCCCGACCGGAACCGGCGAUUCGUGUGGUUGAUGAGCUGCUGUGGGGUGUUUCCGUUCUGCUUUUGCGACAAGGAGGGUGAGGGCGCGUCGUGA